UACUCGUCAGCCUACAUCCACAAGGGGAACGAAAAGAUGAAUUGUUAAGAGACGAGAAAAAAUGGACCGAUUUGAAUGGACAAAUGCAACCUGGGAUUCUGAAGAAAGUCUAGUUCAUAAGCAGACUGGUGUACGCAUAUAUGAUGGCGAAUUCAAAACCCCUUUUGACUAUGGUAACUUGCUGACCACACACAGGCUGUUGUGGAGAGACCACAGAGAUCCGACAUGUAAACUGGGUCUGCCUUUGUCUCUGGUUGUCCACAUAGAAGAACAGCCAUCAGGAUUUGCUAAGAGUGCAAAGAUCUUGGUCCACCUCAACUCUCCUGGACCUGGGAAACCUCCUGGCCCUGUGACCUCCAGUUCAAAUAAUUAUAUAAAGUUUUCCUUUAGGGAGUCAGGGGAAAGGGAGUUUUUCAGGUGUUUUUCAGAGACACUGAAAAGGAAGAGGUGGGAACACAGUCGCCCUCCACCACCAAAGGGUGCAGUACAGGGCCGUCGUGCAGGACCUGGUAUUGUGGGUAUUGAACGUUCGAUUCAGAGGAAGCAACAAGCCACAGACAAAAACAUCUCUCAGGCUUUUGAGGAUUUAAACAAUUUGAUAGAAAAGGCCAAAGAAAUGGUGAACUUGUCCAAAACAAUAGCUACUAAGAUCAAGGAACAUCAAGGAGACAUCACAGAGGAUGAGACUGUCAGGUUCAAGUCCUACCUGUUAAGUAUGGGAAUCCCCGACCCUGUGACUCGGGUCACCCAUGGUACAGGGGAUAGGUAUUACUCUGAACUGGCCAGGGAAGUCUCCUCUGUACUGGAGACACCACUGAAGGAAUGUGGUGGGAUCAUGACUCUUACAGAUGCAUACUGUCGCAUAAACAGAGCCAGGGGAAUGGAGCUAUUGUCCCCAGAAGAUCUUCUGAAUGCCUGUGAGAUGUUGGACAUUUUAAAAACACCUGUCAGGUUACGCUUGUUCGACAGUGGGGUUAUGGUCCUACAGCUACAGACGCACAGCGAAGAACAGGUCAUCAAAGAGACAAAAGCACUUGUAGAAGAGAAAGGCUCAGUAACUGCUGAAGAAUUGUCGUCUGUGAUUGGUUUAUCAGUUGUAUUGGCCAAAGAAAGGUUACUGUCCACAGAGAAAGCUGGUGGCGUGUGUCGAGAUGAGACUGUGGAAGGCCUAAGGUUUUACCCUAACCUGUUUCUUAGUCGUGCUGCCUAACUAAAUAAUCAGUUACCUAAUUUUAUGGUAUAAUUGUGGACCUUUAUGGCAUAAGUUCCAUGCAAUCCUCACUGGGUGUGGAAAGACUUCAAAGGUGAAGAACAUUCCAGUUUUUGUACAAGUCGUGUGGACUGUUACGGAUAAGGCAUCUGCGUAAGCAUCGAUUCAAAGCACUAGGGUGACGAUUCUGCAAAGUGAUUUUUUUAUUUACAGUUAAGAUUUAGGACGGGAAUAUGUUGUGUAGUUUAUUACCCGAGAAGACCAAGUCAUAAAGCAUUUAUUUUAACAUAACACAUGUUUGGAGUUCCCAGUUUUAACUGCUGUGAUAGGAACAUUUUUAUGAAAUUUCAAAUUAUGACUUAAAGCGAAACAUGACUUUUAUGGAAUUCAGCCUUUUGAACUUCCCAUAUGUUAGAGCAGUAAGUAGGCUAUAAUGUAGCUGUCAGUUGAUAGUAGUCACUGAUGAUUCACCAUUUCUUGGCAGCCAAAUGAAAAGGAUCAUGUAAAAUACCCAUACUUCCUAAACCCACAUUGUGACGUUUCUGUAGAAAUUAGCGUUUUAAAGUACAUGUAUUUAAAUUUUGUAAGUGAUAUAGGUUGUGUCUCAAACUUUAGUAUGGUAUGCCAUUGAAUACGUUUGGAAAGAAAUUUAUAUCUAAAAUAUAGAUUGUUUGUUUUUCCUUUUUCCUUUUGUUUCGGUUACCUCCGUGGCAGAGGUGGUUAGCGCACCAGCGCAGCGCAAUGACCAAAGACUCUCUCAGAAAUGCAGUCGUUUCGGCCCGGUUUUCUCGCACCAUAAUGCUGGUCGCCGUCGUAU